UUCUCUAUUCUCAUUCGCUUCCAAGGAGCUCUGGUAUUUGCACAACAUCUCCCUUCCAUAAACCCUACGACGGCUCCCCUUUCCUCCACCCCACCCCACCCCCACCCCGCCCCGCCCAACUUUACGCUAUUUCUCCCUUCAGUGACCUCUAUAGUUCUAGAAGAAUUCUUCACGAAGAUCAAGGUUUGUUCGCAGAGAAUUAACUCCAGCUAAAGCCAAGCAACAAACAUCUACGUGGUGGUUUUUGAUAGAUUCAAGUGGUAAAUCAUUGGAUAGCGAUGACUUCUCAGGAGAAAAGUGAAGGUAGUCAACAACCAGCUGCAACAGACAAGCAGUUGGAGAGUUACUCAUAUACUAAUUGGGCAGACAAGAUACAACAACAGUACCAGAAGAUCAAAGAGAAUGCAGAAACUUACCCCUAUGUUUGGGGUUCAUAUAUAGUUGUAUAUGGGGGAUUUGGUCUUUGGUUUGCCUAUAGAUGGCGAAAGCUCCGUAAAACAGAGAAUCGAGUUCGAGUCCUUCAAGAUAGACUCCGGAAACUUGUUGAUGCUGAAGCAUCAACAAGUUCUUCAUCUGCUGCCACUAGCAAGGCGCCUCCAUCUUCUGAUAUAUCAACCAAAUAGAUGGUUUUUUUAACCAUGCAAGUCUACCUCUUUCAUUUGUGCUCAAAUGGGGAGUAUUAGUUGUCAGUGAAGCUGUAAGGAUAUCACUCCUUCUGUGACAAUACGUGAUCACGAAGCCAAAGUUGGCAGUCAUAACUAAAAGUUAUGUACAUUUGUGAGGGUUGUAUUAAUUUAUUUAUUUUUAAUAAUUUUAGCUGAAUUUCGUGUUUGUGAAUUGUGAUAUAGUGGUCUACUUGAAUGAUUUGUGCAAUUGAUACAUCAUUGAUUUUAGAGAAGAAAAAUUAGAUCA